CAGGUUUCCUACCCUGGUUUCUUAUCAGACUCAGCUGGGCAGCUUUUUAAGCUACAGGUUUCCCCAUCCCCACUCAAGGACAAUUGAAUUGAGGUCCUCGGAAUUGGGACUUGGGAAUCUGUAUUUUAUGAAGUUCUCAAGGUUCUGAUUUAACUGGAGGCCAAUAGCAAACCUUUGACUGGAAUCACUGUUGCUCUCAUUUAAAAAAAAAUAACCAUCCAAUACACUUUACCAAAAUCCUGAGAACAAGAAGAGAAAGUGAAUUUAAAAUCAGACUUUCCCCCCUUCUUUAAAAUACUCUAUCAAAAGACAGUAUUUCGGCCGCCAGGCUUCCUUCUGCAACAGGCGUGGGACUCGCUCUUGCUCGCUCUCUUUCUGCCGCCAUCUUGAUUCCCCGUUCCCUCCACAAAAUGCCCGGCGAAGCCACAGAAACCGUCCCUGGUAUAGAGCAGGAGUUGCUGCAGCCCCAGGCUGAGACAGGGUCUGGAACAGAAUCUGACAGUGAUGAGUCAGUACCAGAGCUUGAAGAACAGGAUUCCACCCAGGUAACCACACAACAAGCCCAGCUGGCGGUAGCAGCUGAAAUUGAUGAAGAACCAGUCAGUAAAGCAAAACAGAGGCAGAGUGAAAAGAAGGUACGGGAGGCUAUGUUCAAACUGCGUCUUCGACAGGUGACAGGAGUUACCAGAGUCACUAUCCGGAAAUCUAAGAAUAUCUUCUUUGACAUCACAAAACCAGAUGUCUACAAGAACCCUGCUUCGGAUACCUGUAUAGUUUUUGGGGAAGCCAAGAUCAAAGAUUUAUCUCAGCAAGCACAACUAGCAGCUGCUGAGAAAUUCAAAGUUCAAGGUGAAGCUAUCUCAAACAUUCAGGAAAACACACAGACUCCAACUGUACAAGGAGAGGAAGAGGUCGAUGAAACAGGCGUGGAAAUUAAGGACAUAGAAUUGGUCAUGUCACAAGCAAAUGUGUCUAGAGCAAAGGCAGUCCGAGCCCUGAAGAACAGUAAUGAUAUUGUAAAUGCUAUUAUGGAAUUAACAAUAUAA